AAAUUUGAUUUUGAUUUUUUGGUUACUAAAAAAAAAUUAUAGAUACAUGAUUUUUUCACCGAAUGUUCCGAUUAACAUUUUCUAUACUCUAUACAAUUUUUCUCUUUUUGAGCUAAUUAUUGGGAUAAGAUAUUUUUAUUAGUUAUGUUAUUAUAAUUAGUGUCAAAAAAAAAGUUCUUUGCCAUGUCAAAGAGUUUGAAAAUGUAAUACAAGGAUUAUAACUUAAGGUGUUUUCUGAGCAACACUUGGACCUUAUGUUACAUGCCACUGCCUAGGGUACACUGGAAAAUAAUUAUUAAAAUUCACUUACGCUGUAGCCCAUAAGUCUUAUAAAUUAAAUUAAACUUUUAGUUUCGGCAUUUGGUAUAGUUAGUUGGGUACUAGCUAUGUACUUUUUAAUAAUUGUUUUACUACCUAUGUAGUUAUGGCAGCUAAAGUGGUAAACUUUUAUACAUAAUCAACAGCUUGUUUAUGAUUUGCCCAUCUCAUAUCAGAAAAUUUUUUCAAUGUUAAAGUCCUGCCUAUCACACCUUCAAUUUGUCUUACUUGUAUAUCUUUUAAAAUAUGUAAUGUAGGUUAACUUCUGGUUAGAAAUGUGGACCAUGCAAGUUGGUAACAAAGUUGUCGCAAGCAAAUUGAUUAAAAUAUGAUAAUUUAUAAUUUAUAACGUAUAACAUUUUGUAUUGUACAGUUCUACGUUUGACAUCAACCGCCAGACUUGGAAUAAGUAUACUUAAUAAUACAAAAUGUGUAUAUUAUAAACUAUAAAACAAAAAAAAAAUCUAAAAAUCCCACACAUUGUAAAACCUACAGUAGGUACAUCAUUAAUUCCUAUUUACUCCAAAUACAAAAUAGUAAAAAAUAAACUCCUCUAUCUUAAUAUGUUGGAUAAUCAUUGAAUCAAGAACAAUUUUGGGAUUGACCACCCAUUCUUCUAAUCAUUGUUGUGGUUUUACAAGGAGUGUUGCUUAACAUUUUAAAGUUUUUUGACCAAGCAAACAUUUUUUUAUCAACAUUAAUUUUAAAAACUAGUAAUAAUGGAAAUUGUCAUAUGCCUAUAAAUCUCUCAACAUGAUCAAAAUAUUUUGAAUAUUAUAUGGCAUAUAGAAAAUGCUAAUAUAAACAAUCAAUUACAAUUUCACGUAUCUAAGGUAUUUUUUUUUUAGAGUUAAGCACGCAAAAACUAAAAUCGAUUUUGUCGAAUACCAAUUUUGCAUAAAAAUUCUCGUUUUUCCCUGCAAUUUUUACCUCCCCAAUGCACCAAAUAGAAUCACUUUCCCACCAGAAAAGAUACUGAAGUUAAAAAUCGAAACAUUAUUUUGACUACUUAUCGUGUAUACAGACACAAAAAAAACAGUUGUAGAAUUAAUUUAUUCAUUGCUGCGCUCAGAAUUUAAAAUAUUAUUUAUUCAACUAAUUUUGUAUUCUAAUUAUUUAUUUGGUUUUCAGUUGAUGAAAAUAAUUUCGAAUCUGUGACUGCCUAUUGAGCAAAUUUUGAUGCGACAUAGGAACCUUUAUUGAAUGAUAAUCCAAGACGUUUUGUCAUAUUUUCUAUUAUAAAUGACGAUAUUUGAGCAAUUUGCAAACUGUUAACUCUAGUUCAUCAAAGUGACUAAAAGUAAUUGUCUAAUUAAAGUGGACUUUUGUUUUUAGGGUCUUGAAGAUUGAAUGAGAUUGACUGAUGAAGAGCGUCAUUUUGUAUCCUACAUAUAAGCAUUUUUUACUGCUUCAUAUGACAUAGUCAAUGAAAAUCUUGUUAAACUAUUUUCUCAAGAAGUUCAACUAACUGAGGCUAGAUUUUUUUAUGGGUUUCAAAUAAUGAUAGAGAAUAUACAUUCAGAAAUGUAUAGCUUAUUAAUUGAUACAUAUAUUCAUGACCCAAAAGAAAAACUUUAAUUAAUGCUUCUGAAACUAUGCCAUGUGUAAAAAAAAUGGCAGAUUGGGCUUUUAAAUGCAUUACUUAUAGCAGCGGUUCUCAAACUGUGCUCCGCGGAGCCCUAAGGCUCCGCAAGAGUAGUAUAGGGGGUUCCCAAUGGAUCGUUGAAUCAGAACUCUUGCCUAUCAAGCCAAAUAUAAAAAUACUGGUCAAAAAAAAAAGCCAACAUCAUGGAUCACAUUAAAAUUACUCAAUAUUAAAAUUUAUAAAUUAGUAAAACAUUAUGUUUUUUUUCCUAUUAAAUUAAUUAAUUAAUAAUUUGUAUAUAUUCGUAUUUCACAGAAAAAUAUAAAAUAAAAAGCAAAUCAUUUACAAUUGACAUGAUUUUUUAUGCAUUAUUGUUGUCUCAAAUAGACAUUUCUGAUUUUUGGGGCUCCGUAAUUUUUUUGAGGAACAAGGGCUCUGCAAACAAAAAAGUUUGAGAACCCUUGACUUAUAGUAAAGCAACUUUUGGCAAAAGGUUAGUGGCCUUUGCUGUUGUUAAAGGUAUAUUUUUAUCUGAAAAUUUUCCUUCAAUAAUAUGGUUGAGAAAAGGAUAAUUAAUGCCAGGUUUAACUUUUAGCCACGAGUUGAUUUCUAGAGAUGAGGGUUUACAUAACAAUUAUGCCUGUCGCUUAUUUAAAUAUUUAUAUCAAAAGCCUCCUCAAGCUGUUAUAACACAGAUCAUUUGUGACUCGGUGACUAUUGAACAAGAUUUUUUGACUAAUGCUUUACCAAUUAGGUUGAUUGGCAAGAGGUGUGAAAAUAUGGCUAUAUUUAUUGAAUUUGUUGCUGAAAGACAAAGAAUUGGGAUGUCCUAUAGUUUACAGAUCGUCAAAUCCGUUCACAUUCACUUACUUCUCAACAAGGAAAUACAAACUUCUUUGAAAGAAGACUAAGCGAAAACCAAUUACCUUCAGUUGUACUUUGAAUUAUGUUUAUGAAUAAAAUUAUUUGUCAAUGACUAAUUUAUCAUUAUACGAAAACUUUAUUUUUUUAUUUUUUAGUAUAAAAUCUAAAUAAAUUAUAUUAUCAUACUUUUCA